GUAGGGUUAUUGUCAUAUUUUUCAUUAAUUUAUGAACCCAUUUUUGCAUAUGUAUAUAAAGUAAACGCAACUCAUAUGUAAGACUAAAAGAGAAUUUUAUUUUAUUUUUUUAGUACAUUUCUUUUCCCUAUUUCAUUUCCACCAGAAUAAAUAAAGCAAUGAUAGAAGGCAUGGUAGAGAAGCAUGAUGAAGAAAAGAGAGUGGACAAUGAACAAGCUGAAAACAUAUCUGCAAUGUCGUUUCCUUCACAGAAAUGUUCAUCCUUGGACUUGAAUGAAGAAGCUAGCAGCAAAGAGGAUUAUGAUUACAACAUUAUCGGCAACGGCAAACAAGGUGAUGAGAUUGAGAAGACAAGUGAAGGGAAUUCCAGCAAUAAUAACAACAACAUAGUGGGGGAGAAAGGUAAGGGUAGAAGAAGAGUAAGGCAAUAUGUUAGGUCAAAAUUGCCUCGCCUACGGUGGACUCCUGAUCUUCAUCUCUCCUUCGUGCAUUCUGUUGAAAGGCUUGGUGGACAAGCCAGAGCAACUCCAAAGUUAGUCCUUCAGUUGAUGAAUGUGAAGGGACUUAGCAUUGCCCAUGUAAAAAGCCACUUGCAGAUGUACCGGAGUAAGAAACUUGACGAGGCUGGACAAGGUGAAGUUGUUUUUUCCUUAUAG